AUGUACAAAGGUAGCUGGUUCCUUCCAUUGAAUGUGAAUGCAUUUAGUCUAAUGGUAUAUUUAGGUUCCUCAAAAUUUAUCCAUCACCGUUUAAUCAAUUUGUUGAAAUUUUCUUUUGCAGAGAAUGGCGAAGCCCUCGAAGAGUGUAAGAAGAUUGAAGAAAUGUGGUUUGAAAUCGAUGUCAACUUGGACGUCAUUCCGUUACUAGAAACGUUAUUCAACAAAGCUGGACAGACUCUCAAAUUGAUCGAGCUACUAUUGAGUUGGACUGUGCAGUUAAUAAUGUCCCAUAAACUCGAUCAGAUUGGUUCCCUGUUAGAAACAAUCAGUGACUGUUGUUUAAUUGACAAAUCCAGUAGGAACUACCACUCUUUGUCAAAAUUAGCUGUGUGGUCACAAUUUGGGAAAUUGGCUCUCAAACAUGGUCUCGGUGAAGAAAAUCAACCCCUCCUCAGUUGUCUUGCUGUCUUGUCUGGUGCAGUAUUUUCAUCAAAUCAGUCAGAGGGUGCUCAGUCGUUGUUUGAAUUAUUGGUUUCACAUCCAAAUUUCAUCAAAACAAUUUUGUCAAAAUCUGAAUGUAAAGAGUCUUUACUGAAAAUAUUCUUAACUCUGGUCCGAGCUGACUAUACUUUGAUGAAGGCAAACCAUGUUCCUCUCUUUUUGGGUGCCUAUAAUGCAUCUCUCUCCACUGCUGACCAAAUAAUAUUGCAA